AUGGAACCAGGGAAUGAUACACAAAUUAUGGAAUUUCUUCUUUUGGGAUUUUCAGAAAAACCAGAGUUACAACCCUUCUUUUUUGGGCUAUUCCUGUCUAUGUACCUGGUCACCAUGAUUGGAAACCUGCUCUUCAUCCUGGCCAUCAUCUCAGACUCUCACCUGCACACACCCAUGUACUUCUUCCUCUCCAACCUGUCCUUUUCUGACAUCUGCCUCACCUCCACCACCGUCCCAAAGAUGCUGGUGAACAUCCAGAUGCAGACCAAGAUCAUCACCUAUGCAGGCUGCAUCACUCAGAUGUGUGUCUUCAUACUUUUUGCAGGAUUGGAAAACUUCCUUUUGGCUGUGAUGGCCUAUGACCGGUAUGUGGCCAUCUGUCACCCCCUGCACUACACUGUCAUCAUGAACCCCCAGCUCUGUGGACUGCUAGUUCUAGUAUCCUGGAUCUUAAGUGUCCUACAUUCCUUCUUGCAAAGCUCAAUGGUGUUGCGUCUAUCCUUCUGUACACACUUCGAAAUCCCCCACUUUUUCUGUGAACUUAACCAGGUGGUCCAACUUGCCUGCUCUGACACCUUUCCUAAUGACAUGGUGAUGUAUUUUACAUCAGUGCUGCUGGGUGGUGGUCCUCUUGCUGGGAUCCUUUACUCUUACUCUAAGAUAGUUUCCUCCAUUUGUGCAAUCUCAUCAGCUCAUGGCAAGUACAAAGCAUUUUCCACCUGUGUUUCUCACCUCUCAGUUGUCUCCUUAUUUUAUUGUUCAAUCCUUGGUGUGUAUCUUAAUGCUGCCAGUACUCAUACCUCACACUCAAGUGCAACAGCCUCAGUGAUGUAUGCUGUGGUCACGCCCAUGCUGAAUCCCUUCAUCUACAGUCUGAGAAAUAAAGACAUAAAGAGGGCUCUGAGAAGAUAUUUGGGAGGGAAUCUAUAA